UUCUUUGAUAUCACCUGCGAUCCGGGUACCACUGGACUGGACCCGGGUGAAAAGAAGAGAACUAGCCCAAUUCUUGUAUUCGGGUACAUAAGGCGGUUCUACCUUGUCUUGCUGAACAAGGCGGCCUCUGAAUCAAAAUAUAAAGACCCAAACCGAUUUCUUCACCAAGUUACCAAAUUUCACUUACUCUCCUUGUGGAUUCUCCGGUGUUGGUGAAGAUGGAAUCGCAGAAAAGAGAACUUGAAAAACAGCCUGCUGGAACAACGGCUACUCCACUUGCUGCUGCAACAACCCCUACUCCACCUGCUGCUGCUGCUGCAACCCCCACAUCUUGCCGAAGGAAGAAGAAUGAACAAGCCACUUUCUUGGAAGAUGUGAAGGAUCACAUUGAUGAGUUUAUACACGCUUCUAUGGACGAACACGUGUCUUGCUUCAAGAAGACCAUUGACAAGAUGUUUAAAAUGUCAAAGGUUGUUGCUGAGAAGAAUGCUGCUGACGCCAAGGGAGUUGAGAGUUCUCUUCCCCUUCGAACAACAGUAGCAGACUAAUAUCUUCUCCUAUUUUAGGUGGUUCUGAUACCUUGAGUACUAAUGACUUUGCUCUGAAUUUGGGUGAUGUUUAUGUUAAAUCGCACUCCAGUUAUAUUUCAACUAACUUGAAAACGUAAGCUUGUGGGAUAAAUGACAACUAUUAUGGAGUCUAUUUCCUAGUUGAUUAUGGUGGGACUGCUCUGGUUAUCCAAACAGCAUGUGUGCUUUCAAGGUCAUUUUAGUAUGUAUCUAGUCACUGUUGGAUUUGAUCGAAAUGGUAAAUCUUUUUCCACCUACUGUGAGAUUA